ACAGUUGUCAGUUCUGCAUUAAACGUGAUACGUAACGGUCGAUAUUGCAUCCUUCCCGAGUUGGCAACAGACCGAUGUCGGAAAUAUUACAUUGGCGACGAGUUCGAUUCUACGUGAGUGAAAUUGGCUAUAUUGAUUUAAAAAAAAUUAAUAUAUAUUAUAUAUAAAUAUGGCACCUGUAGGCAUGAGCCGUUCGAUUUGAACGCGGACAACUGGGAGUUGUACAUAGAGAGGUUGGAACAAUAUUUUAUUGUUAAUCAAAUCGGAGAAGCGCAUAAGGUAGCUACAUUAAUUACAGUCAUGGGAGGAGCCAGUUAUGAAUUGCUAGUUACGUUAUGUACGCCAGACAAACCAGCAACUAAGUCUUUUAAAGAACAAGUUUCUAUAAUGAAGGAUCAUCUUCGUCCGAAACCGAGCAUUUUGGCAGAGAGAUACGUAUACAGACAACGCAAGCAAAAACAAGAAGAGACGGUAGCGGAGUACGUAGCAGAACUCAAAAAACUGUCAAAAGGUUGCGAGUUCGGAAAAUGGUUGGAGGAGAGUUUGAGAGACCAAUUGGUGUGUGGACUCAGAAGUGAAGUGGUCCGGCAACGGUUAUUUACCGAGGAGAACUUGACAUUCGAAAAAGCAUUGGCAUUAGCGAUCGCAAUAGAAGCGGCCGAGAAGAACGCGGCGAUAGUUGACGGUAGAAAUAUCGCGCGACACAGUGCCAUGUACGGAGGAGGCACAGUGUUACAUAAUGUCCGCGGCGCGAGCGAGACGGGGCAUGACGUCAUGCGGGCGACAAGGAGCGUCAUAUUGGUCGGUUGCGCGUGGAGCGGGACAGCGACAGGCGGCGCCGGCGGUGGCAGGUCGCAGCGGCGGCACACCGUUUCAACUAGACGGAAAGCAGAAUCGCGGUGGUUUAGAACAGCAGACACAGUGCAAUGUUUGUGGCGGACGGCAUGCAUCAUCGAGAUGCAAAUUUAGUAAUUAUGUUUGUAAAGUGUGUUAUAGAACAGGACAUCUUAAAAAGAUGUGCCCUAGGUUGAGAGUUUCUUCAGAAGCUUCGGUAUAUAAUAGCAGUAUACGAGAAUGUACGGAACCGGGAAUAUCUGAGUUAAACGAGCAGAUAUGGUGAGGUGUUUUCGGACGGGCUUGGGCGAUAUACCGGUGGCGAAGUUACUCUGCACGUCCGGCCAGAGGCCAGGCCAGUAUUCAUGCGAGCGCGACCCCUCGCAUAUUCACUGCGGGCACCCGUGGAUCAGGCGUUGGACAAACUGAUCGCGGACGGCAUUAUAACAGCAGUGGAGACAUCGGACUGGGCUACGCCGAUUGUACCCGUGGUGAAGACGGACGGAACGAUACGGAUUUGUGGUGAUUAUAAAUUGACACUCAAUAAGUGCCUAGAGGUAGACCGUUUUCCUCUGCCCCGAGUAGAAGAUUUAUUAGUUAAGUUGAAUGGGGGGGUUAAAUUUACAAAAAUUGAUUUAUCACAGGCUUAUGCUCAAUUUCCCUUAAGUGAAGCAUCAAAAAAAUAUACAGUAAUAAACACACAUAGGGGAUUGUUUCAGUACAAUAGAUUGAUUUAUGGGUUAUCGUCAAGUCCGGGCAUUUUUCAGCGUAAAUUAGAGGAGAUGUUUGCAGAUUUGCCUCAAGUAGGGGUUUUCCUAGAUGACGUUAUUUUAACAGGGGUCAACGACAAAAAACAUUUAGAGACAUUACAUACAGUCUUAGACCGGUUAAGUAAGUUUGGAUUGAAAGUUGAGAAAAAAAAGUGUAACUUUUUCGUUAACUCUGUAACAUAUUUAGGUUACAUGAUCGAUAAAGAAGGCAUACAUACAAAUAGAGAGAAAGUAGAGGCUAUUCAGCGGGUCCCUUUACCCACCACUGUGUCAGCAGUACGAGCUUUUAUUGGAAUGGUGAUGUAUUAUGGAAAAUUUAUUAAAAACAUUAGUACGAUUUUGUCACCAUUAUAUGCAUUAUUGAAAAAAGGUGCCAAAUUUUUGUGGUCAUCAGAAUGCGAUACGGCUUUUGUAACUGUAAAAAAUAAAUUAAUGUCUAGUGAGGUAUUAGUGCAUUACAACCCAGAGUUACCACUCAUUUUGACAACAGACGCUAGUAAUGUGGGUAUCGGAGCGGUCAUUUCCCAUGAGAUGCCAGACGGCCGUGAGCGCCCCAUCGCGUUUGCCUCGAGAGUUCUCAACACGGCAGAGCGGGCUUACUCUCAAAUAGAUAAAGAAGCUCUUAGCAUAAUUUAUGGAGUAAAGAAAUUCCAUCAAUAUUUAUUUGGUCGCAAAUUUAUACUUCGUACGGAUCAUAAGCCAUUAGUAACGAUUUUUGGGCCCAAGAGGGGCAUACCGACGAUGGCAGCAUCGCGGUUACAAAGAUGGGCGGUAAUACUAGCUGCUUACAGAUAUGACAUCGAGCAUGUGACCACAUUUAGAAACGGGGCAGAUGCGCUAUCACGCUUACCUAGUGGUGGACAACUUAGAGAGGAAGCCGAGAGCCGAGGUUACAUAUGUCAAUUUCAUUAAAGAUUUUUUACCUAUAACUGACAAAACUUUAAGAGAGGAGUUAGCAAAAGACCUAUUGUUGCGUAAAGUAGUAUUAUAUUUACAGUCAGGAUGGCCCCCUCAGUGUCCGGAAGCUAAUAUUAAGCCGUAUUAUGUUAGAAAAGACGAGCUGUAUUUAGACUCAGGUUUAAUUAUGUGGGGAUAUAGAACCGUUAUACCUCAAACAUUGCGCGGAAAAUUUUACAGGAAUUGCAUACGGGGCACAUGGGAAUAGUUAAAAUGAAGGUGAAGGCGCGGGGUUACGUAUGGUGGCCGGGGAUUGAUGCAGAUAUAGAAAGAAAUUGUAAAGAGUGUGGCACGUGCAUAAGCGAAGCGUCGGCUCCACCCCGUGCACCGCCAAAGCCGUGGAAAUAUCCGCUUGAGCCUUGGAGUAGAUUACAUAUAGAAUUUUUGGGUCCCAUACAAGGUAAACGAUUUUUAGUUAUCAUAGAUGCUACUACCAAAUGGAUUGAGGCUUUUCAAAUGUCGGAUACUACGGCAGAGUCAGUACUUUCAAAAUUAAGGGAAACCUUUGCUAGGUUUGGGUUACCGCAAGAGGUAGUGUCCGAUAAUGGACCUCCAUUUACAAGUGUGAGAAUAGCAGACUUCAUGAAAUAUAAUGGCAUAGUCCAUACUUUUACUGCCGUAUAUCACCCAGCAUCUAAUGGUGCUGCAGAGGGAGCAGUUAAACUUUGUAAGCGGGCUAUUAAAAAAGCCAUAAGGGAUAAAGUAGAUGUUAAUAUAGCUUUGCAAACAUAUUUAAUGGCUUACAGAAACACGGUACACAGUACAACGGGUGAGGCACCGGCAAUGUUACUAUUAAAACGUAACUUAAAAUCCAGAUUAGAUCUUUAACGUACGGGCCGAGAUCUUCCACAAAAAAUCAAGCGAGCACAGGACAUACAGGUUAGAAAUGUAGGAGGUAAACUACGCAAUUUUAACGUAGGAGACCCAGUAUGGACACGUGAUUUUAGUGCAGAGGGUGAGUGGGUACCCGGUAGGAUAAAUAGAGUUUUAGGGAGUCGUAACGUUUUGGUAGAUAGAGAAGAUGGUCUACCUAUGCAAAUGAAAAGGCACAUUGAUCAGGUCCGGUCAAAUAAGUCCACUUCGCUGUUGGCGUACCCCAGUUCGAUGAAUGGUCCAGCUUCCGUAGAUGGGGAUAUUCUCCCAUCGCCAGCGGUGUCACAAAACCGGCCCAGAAGAAACACUAAACCUAUUGAGCGUUAUGGGGAUCCCAUUAUGUAUUAACCGAUUUUAUUGUAAUUGUUAUUGUUGUUUAAUAUUAUGUAUUCUAGAAUAAUUAUGGGGGUGUAAUGUAUAUGUCAAAUGUGGGCAAUAAACUCGGAACAUGACAGUUGUCAGUUCUGCAUUAAACGUGAUACGUAACGGUC